AGGCGGGGUCGUCCGAAGCGGAUAGACACGGGGUAGUUGGCCGGGUUCCCAAGAUAUUCCAGCACCUCCUUCCCUUCUGCAGUGUACUUGCCAUUCACAUCCACGCCAUUGAUGGACAGAACUGCAUGUCCCACUGAAGAGGGCGUAACCCCGGAAGCACUUAGAGACCGACGAAGUUUCUCCCGCUACCUUCACCACCCACUUCCUUUCUGUCGGACAUCUUACCUUGGAGGCGGUAGCAGCCAGAGUUCCUGAAGUCUCAUCAUGCCUCCCAAGGACGACAAGAAGAAGAAGGAUGCCGGCAAGUCGGCCAAGAAGGACAAGGAUCCCGUGAACAAGUCCGGUGGCAAAGCUAAGAAGAAGAAGUGGUCCAAGGGAAAAGUUCGAGACAAGCUCAACAAUCUGGUUCUGUUUGACAAAGCAACAUAUGACAAACUCUGCAAGGAGGUCCCCAACUAUAAACUUAUCACGCCUGCAGUAGUCUCAGAGAGACUGAAGAUCCGAGGUUCUCUAGCCCGAGCAGCCCUCCAGGAACUGCUUAGUAAAGGUCUGAUUAAGUUGGUUUCCAAACACAGAGCACAAGUGAUAUAUACUAGGAACACCAAGGGUGGAGAUGCUCCAGCUGCUGAAGAUGCAUGAAAUGGUUCAACAGUUUUGUGUACAUUUUCAAAAAUAAACUUAUUCCAUUAAGA